AUGGCAGAAGGAAAAGGAAGAGUUUGUGUAACAGGAGGUACAGGUUUUAUUGGUUCAUGGAUUAUCAAGACACUUCUUGAAGAUGGUUACACUGUUAAUACCACUGUUAGAGCUGAUCCAGAGAAAAAGAGAGAUCUUAGCUUUCUCACAAAUCUUCCGGGUGCAUCUGAAAAGCUGAAAUUUUUCAUUGCUGAUCUUAGCAAUCCAGAAAGUUUUAGUGCAGCCAUUGAAGGGUGUGUUGGAAUAUUUCACACUGCCACUCCGGUUGAUUUUGAAGUGAACGAACCGGAAGAAAUAGUGACAAAAAGAACUAUUGAUGGAGCUUUAGGAAUUCUAAGAGCAUGCAAAAAUUCAAAGACGUUGAAGAGAGUUGUUUACACUUCAAGUGCUUCAGCUGUUUCUUUUCAAGAGAAAGAAGAAGAUGUAUUGGAUGAAAGUUAUUGGAGUGAUGUGAAUAUUCUAAGAAAUUUGAAGCCAUUUGGUUGGUCAUAUGCAGUUUCUAAGACACUAACUGAGAAAGCUGUUCUUGAAUUUGGAAAAGAACAUGGAUUGGAUGUCGUCACUAUCGUACCAACUUUUGUUAUUGGACCCUUCAUUUGCUCUAAGCUUCCUAGCUCAAUUUAUGCUUCAAUGCCUUUCUUAUUUGGGAUUGGGUCCAUGAAGUUCAUUCCCCACAUGCUAGAUGACAUAGCAUUAGUUACUGCCAUUGUCACAUUCCUUACCCUCAAAGUGUCAUGA